UCAAUUUGUAGUUUAUCAUGGAUGUAUUUUGUUGAAUAGAUUCAAACUUCAAGAUUUCAAUAUUACAUGAUUUGUAUAAUUAUCCUGAGAAAAAGUGAAAUAAUAAUAGACAUAAAAUGAGACCGAACGAUUACGAUUAAAGCAGCUAUCACACUUUCAUCAUGUUGCACGAGAUCUUACUGUCAUUAUGGGGUUGCUCGACCAGUGUAUCACAGAUAAUAGAAAUAGACUCUGUAGAUCUUGAGAAAUACUUACAUCCUGGAGAACGAGCGCUGCUCAAUAGGAUAUUAGAUAUAGUAAAAGAAUGCAAUAUCAUAAGAGAUUUUAUACAUGAAUAUAGAGUAUACGACCAAGAUAUAAAAGAAAAUGAAGCUCCUGGCCUGUAUAUUCGUGCCCUGUGCGACGGAAUGGACCAGGCACUAGAACCAUUUCGCGAAGAAAUAAUUGAGCUGGAAAGUACAGUCUUGAACAACAGUCAUACUCCUCUGUCACUAAUUCUUUGCAAUGUUGAAAAGUACACUUGCUUGUUCUCUGUUUUGCAUUCUAUCAUUCGUGAGAUUCGCAUGCAGAAAUUACACGGUUGUAAAUUGUUACAGUGCUUACACCAGCGCAUGCACACUGGCGUACCUAAGAUCAACUCUGCUUUGAAGUUAAUGGCCCAUAAUAUUCACAUCGUUUUCUACAAGCAUCUGACAAGCUGGCUAUUGUAUGGACAAUUGGAAGAUGUUCACAGAGAGUUUUUCGUACAAAAAGUAUCAGACUGUGAUAGAACUUUAGUGCACAUAAACAGCAAAAACGAUAUUGAUGUGCGUGACUUGUCGACUAGCAAGAAAUCGUCCGAUGUCGAUAUGUGGGACUACAAUGUUCAGAUCAACAUGCUUCCGUCUUAUAUCAGGCCGUCGUUGGCCAGCAAGAUCUUGACCAUUGGUCAGACUGUUAUCAUGUUCGGAAAUGAUCCCAGACAGAAAAGAGAUUUCAGCAUGACGCCCAAAACGGAGAACUCGGUGUGGGGCGACAAGGAAUACGAGUUCUUCAGGAAACUUCAGAAUCUCCAGGCGAAGCCCGUCUUCAACAUCGUCGAUUUCGAUCGCACGAUCAACGAGCUGAAGCAGUGCGUAACCGAACUACUGUGGCAUAUCGCUGUGGAAGACGCGCAACUGAUGCAACAGCUCAGGCUGGUGAAGGAGUUCUUCUUGAUGGGACGCGGGGACCUGUUUCUGGAAUUCAUCAAACUCACAGCCCACAUCCUGAGCAAAGCUCCCACGAGUCACACAUCCAGGGAUAUUAAUCUAGCAUUUCAGAUGGCACUGAGGAAGAUGCAUCUGAACGACGAGAGCGCGAUCGACAGCUUCAACUUCGCGGUGCCCGUGCCCCCUGCCGAUAACGAAGAUACUGACACGGACGCCACCGAUUUUCCUGACAACGAGAGGCAGGAUCCUAACGAGAAACGUGGCUGGGGCACGAUAAUCCUGAAGUACAAGGUUGUCUGGCCAUUGCACUUGCUGUUUAGCCCGGCCUCAUUGAGUGACUAUAACACUCUGUUUCGCUUUCUGUUGAGAGUCAAGAAAACGCAGAUAGACCUGUGGAGUCUAUGGAGCGAACACAUGCAUCACAAAAACAUAGACAUCGGCGUGAUCCAACUGAGAAAUAAUUUGAUCUUCAUUGUCGACAAUUUGCAGUAUUAUCUGCAAGUGGAUGUGGUGGAGAGUCAGUAUACUGUAAUGGAGGCGAGUAUGAAAGGCACGCGGAAUUUCGAGGACAUACAGAAGGCACAUUCUGUGUUCCUGGCUAACGUCAUGUCGCAGACCUUUUUGUUGAGCAGCGGAGCGGGAAAGAAGAAUCCAGUGAACAAGUUGAUACAUCUUUUGUUAAGGCUAUGCGACGACUUCAUCCUGCAAGCGUCCAUGUGGGAAGUUGGAAAUUUACUCUUAACGGAGAAAGAAGAGCUCAAUACGUUAUGUGAGACUUUGGACAGUGUAAUGAAUUGGUUGACGAAAGCGUUGAACAAAGUGCGUGCGCAACCCAGUGGCGAACAUUUAGCUCGUUUAAUAUUGAGGCUCGAUUUCAACAGAUGGUUUAGCAAAAAAGUUUGAAGGAAGUGAUGUGUAUAACAAAU